AUGCCCCCUACAAACUCUCAAGAUCCUGCGCACCCUUCCACCCCUCCUCAGUCGAUACCUUUGCGAGACCUUACACGCCCACCCGAUUCUGCCGAUAUUGGAGAUGGGGAGAGACGGCAUACGCGUGGAAGAAGCUUGUUGAGCGGUGGUUCGAGGCCGACGAGUGGAGGAGGACCUGGGCCUCGGUAUGAGAGAUUGGGGAAUAGCUCCCCAAGUCCAAUGGAAAGAGAGAGCCAUCGUGGUACAUUGCCAGCCUUGACAGUACCAACGCAACAACGACGAGUGGGAGAGGAUGAGAUUGGUACGCCCGUAUCGCCGGUUGGGAAUCCUGGGGAUUUUCAAGCUGCAAUGGGAUUUGCAGGCCUUCUGGUACCAGAUAUCAGUGUUUCGCACGCUCCACGACCACGUACUCCUUCAUACGGAUCUGCAGACUAUGACCAUUUCGACUCUGUGUCGCCUUAUGGUGAUGGAAUGGACGAACAUCAGAACUCAUACUUUCCUUCAGAGUCUGAUCAAGUCCCUUUGACGGAUCCCACUUCACUACAACCAAUGAGUGGCGCACAAGUAUCGACUCCUGGCACUCAGCGACACGACAGAACACGAUCUAGCUUCCAAAGUGUCAGAUUCAAUACCCCAGAGUAUCGAAGGGGAUCCAGACUGGGAGAUGAUCUGGAUGAUCCAGAAGCAGCAAUUCGGUCAAGGGGUCAUAGCUAUGGGAACUCAUUGACUCCUGACGGGCGAACCAGGUCACGCUCGCCAUCAAACGCAUCAGGUGCCUUGUCUAAAGCCGGAUCCAUAGUCAGGGCAAUGUCCCAACGUGUGGUCAAUCUCAGUGGUGAAGCGGAGCUUAUUGAGGCAAGUGCUCGUCGAGAAGCACGAAGGGCAUCCGAACAGGCCAGGCAACAUAGCACACCAGAAACCGUCGAUACCAUAGGAAGCUUAAGUGACGAGUCUGAGACUAGAUUCCAGCCCAAGCACAAAGCAGAUCCGUUAGCAGCAGGCCCAAAUUACCAUCAGAAUCUCCCAACUGCACCUGUUGAGAAAGCCAUGCGAUUUUUGGGCGGAGCCCAGCCACAGGAGAGUUUCGAGCAAGAGCCAGAAAAGCCGCCAAAUCCAUUACGAGGCAAGACGCUUGGGAUCUUCUCUCCCGAGAGCAAGAUUCGGAACAAGCUUUGUGAUGCACUGGUUUACCCUCUAACGGAACCUGCAAUCUUGAUCCUUAUUGUUAUCCAGACCAUUCUACUCGCAGUUGAAGCCUCAAAGAAUGUGUAUACUAAUCCUCGGCCGAGACGUUGGGGCGAAUCGUUGAUCGACUAUGCCAUAUUUGGGCUUUUUAUCGUGUUCACCCUCGAACUUGUUGCCCGUAUUAUUGUAUCUGGGUUCUUCAUGAAUGCUCCUGAAUACAGCACGAGAAAAAAUAAGAGUGGGCUUAAAGCCACCUUUUUCGACAAAUAUCACGCUGUCUUCAAGCCUCAGAGAACUUCAUCACUGAGAACCCCGCGAAACCCGUCUCUGGGAGGUCAGACUGUGAUUCGGUCAUUCACUGCAAUCCAGGGAGAGUCCAUACGUACAGUCGAGCAGGCCCAGCGUUUGCAGCUCGCCAGACGUGCUUUCUUGCGACACUCCUUCAAUAGGCUUGACUUCUUGGCUGUGGUCGCUUUCUGGAUUGCGUUUGUUAUGAGCAUAAGUGGAUACGAAAACUCUUCUCAUCUUUAUAUAUUCCGAAUGAUAAGCUGCCUUCGUAUUCUCCGACUGUUGGCGCUCACAAACGGCACGGCGAUCAUUUUGCGAAGUUUGAAGAAAGCAACACCGCUGCUCGUCAAUGUGUCAUUCCUUAUUGGAUUCUUCUGGCUCUUGUUUGCUAUCAUCGGUGUCCAGAGCUUCAAGUCAAGCUUUGAUCGUCAAUGCGUGUGGAUUGAUCCAACAGACCCCAAGAACACGACUGGUACAGCGUAUACACAAGUUCUGCAGUUCUGUGGUGGUCAUUUGGAUAACGCCACAGGAGACCCUCAGCCAUACCAGAUUGGGUAUCCGGACAAUAUCAGGAAUGGCUCUGCAUCCUCCAAGGGCUACUUAUGUCCUCGUGGGUCAUUGUGUCUCGAAUUGACCCCGGAUAAACUUCCUUAUAAUGGGACCGUCAGCUUCGAUAACAUCUUCCAGUCAUUAGAGCUUGUAUUCGUCGUUAUGACUGCCAAUACAUUUACGGAUCUGAUGUACUAUGCAACGGACUCGGACUAUCUUGCGGCAGCACUGUUUUUUGCUGGAGGUAUUGUGAUCAUGACUCUCUGGCUUCUCAAUUUAUUGAUUGCCGUCAUCACUUCCUCAUUUCAAGUCAUUCGAGAAGAAGGAAGAGCCAGUGCCUUCGCAGCUCAUAUCAAAGACAUGCUUCCUUCUGAGAAGACCGAUGCGCCAAAACGACAUAGCGCGUUAAAGCGAGUGUAUAACAAAACAUACUGGUUCUGGAUUGUUGUUAUUUCUUACGGACUUCUCUGUCAGGCAUUUCGCAGCUCAAGUAUGCCUCCAGGGAGGGAAACUUUCAUCGAUAACUCUGAAAUUGUGGUCACUUUCAUCCUACUGGUCGAAAUUAUCAUUCGAUUUGCUGUGGAUUGGCGAAACUUCUUCCAGGUAAACAAGAACCUUUUUGAUCUCGGCCUUGCGAUCAUCACUACAGUCAUUCUAAUACCGCCUAUCCGAAAUUCCGGCCAGCCAUACGCUUGGCUCACUGUCUUUCAGAUUCUCAGGAUAUACAGGGUAAUUAUUGCGGUUCCAGUUACCAAAUCGCUGAUCACACUGGUGCUGGGAAAUUCAAAGGGUAUUGGGAACCUCAUGCUCUUCGUUUUUCUCAUCACCUUUUUGAUGUCGAUAUUUGCAGUCCAACUCUUCCGAGGCGAGCUGACAGAGACCGAUCCAUAUGGAGACACGAUCGAAAUUACGUUCUUCACUAUAUACAAUGCUUUUCUGGGCAUGUACCAAGUCCUUUCAAGCGAGAAUUGGACCACGAAUCUCUAUAACAUCACGGCAUUCAACACUGCUCGAAACACAGCCUGGAUUGGAGCAGUGUUCUUCAUUGGAUGGUUCAUUCUGUCGAACUUUAUUCUGGUGAAUAUGUUCAUAGCUGUCAUCCAAGAGAAUUUCGAUGUCUCAGAAGACGAAAAGCGAAUGCACCAAGUCAAAUCUUUCCUAAAUAGAAAGGAGCUAGGCAGUAGUUCCAACAACCUGUCCCUAUCGGCACUAUUUCGAUUCGGGCGGGCUAGGUCAACCAAGGAUCCUCUUGACUAUGGACCCGCAACUAUGGAAAUGUUACUCAAAGAUGCAGUUGUGAAAGAUUUUCUGGAUGAUGAAAUGCUCAACGACCCUGACCCGUCUGCAGCCAACGCCACCCCCGUGGAACCGGCUCCUGCGAAUUCUAAGAACCCGUCGUCUCUUUGGAGCAAGUUCAGGAGCCGAAUUUGGAAUCGAGAACCAAAUCCAUUUUAUUCCAACAUACAAUUUUCAACCCGCUCUGAUGAAGCAAUCGAUGCGAGAACUCUGGCAAAAGAAGCUGUUUCUGCAACUUCUCAGCGCAAAAAAGCACAGCGGGAGUUUCUGGCACGCCACCCAAAUUACAACAAUGCUCUGUUUAUCUUCACGCCUUCAAACCCAAUCCGUCGCCUCUGUCAGAAGAUCGUUGGCCCUGGUCGAGGUAGUGAAAGGUUUGGUGGUGUCGAACCGAACACAGUUGUCUGGUACACCUUCUCUGCGUUCAUUUACAUGGCUAUUGUGGCAAUGGUUUUACUUGCAUGCGUGACUACACCGCUCUACCAGAAAGAAUACUUUAAAACUCACACCUUUGAUGUGAGAAACUGGUUCGUGUGGGCAGAUAUGGCAUUUGCCAUUGUCUUCACCGUCGAGGCUUUGAUCAAGGUCAUCGCAGACGGGUUUUUCUGGACGCCGAAUGCAUAUUUUCGGAGCUCAUGGGGUGCGAUCGAUGGUGUUGUAUUGAUAACAUUCUGGAUUAAUGUUAUCACAUCUCUCUCUAAUGACGGAGCAGUAUCAAGAGCCGUAGGAGCAUUCAAAGCACUCAGAGCCUUGAGGUUGCUCAACGUCAGCGACAGCGCUCGAAAUACGUUCCAUUCCUUGAUCAUUAUCGGAGGUUGGAAGAUCUUCUCCGCUGCAUUUGUUUCUCUAUCCCUCUUGAUACCUUUCGCUCUGUACGGUGUGAAUCUAUUCAACGGCAAGAUGUUGUCAUGCAAUGAUGGGGGCAAUGCUAUCAUCAGCCUCACAGACUGUUUUGGCGAGUUCACCAACACACCUUUCAGUAAUGACUGGCCUAUCCUCAUGCCCAGAGUUGUAUCCAAUCCUUUCUUCGACUUCGACAAUUUUGGAGGAUCUCUUUUCAUUCUUUUUCAGAUUGUAUCCCAAGAAGGAUGGACGGACGUGAUGUGGAGUGCUGAAUCUAUUGUUGGUCGUGGACUGCAGCCUCAAGACUAUGCCUCUCAAGGCAACGCACUCUUCUUCGUCAUCUUCAAUCUGCUCGCUACUGUCUUCGUACUCACGCUGUUCAUCUCGGUGUUCAUGCGCAAUUAUACCGAACAAACAGGUGUGGCAUUUUUGACCGCAGACCAGCGAUCAUGGCUCGAGCUGCGAAAGUUGUUACGACACGUUUCUCCUUCCAAACGGCCUUCCAGCACUGAUGGAAAUAAGUUCAAGGACUGGUGUUACAAGCGAGCAGUCAGGAAAUAUGGACGUUGGCAACGUGCUGUUACAAUCGUCCUUGUGUUCCAUCUCAUACUCUUGUUAGUCGAAUACUACCCUGAACCAGACUGGUGGGACCAGAUCCGAACUUACACCUUCCUGGCAUGCACACUCUUCUACGCAGCCAAUAUCAUCGUACGGGUUAUUGGACUUAGCUGGGCAAGAUUCAGACGAAGCUCCUGGGACCUCUUCUCCAUGGUCGUUGUAUCUGGCACACUCGUAACCACAACUCUACUCUUGACUAGUUUCAGUAGUCAAGUCUACAUUCAGCUACAUAAGCUUUUUCUGGUUUCUAUCGUUCUGUUACUGAUACCACGGAACGAUGCGCUAGAUCAGUUGUUCAAAACGGCAGCUGCCAGUGUCGCCAAUAUUGGGAACCUGUUGGCAACAUGGUUUGUCCUAUUUCUGGUAUUUGCAAUUGCUAUGACGCAGACUUUUGGUCUUACCAGAUUUGGGGAGAAUGGGAGUGACAACAUCAAUUUCAGGACUGUCCCAAAGGCUUUGAUCCUUCUCUUCCGUAUGUCCUUCGGAGAAGGUUGGAACGCUAUCAUGGAAGAUUUUGCUACAAUCAAGCCUCCCCUUUGUGUCGACAACCCCAGUUUCUUCAACAGUGAUUGUGGCAGCGCCAGUUGGGCUAGAGCUCUGUUCAUUCUCUGGAACAUCACAAGCAUGUAUAUCUUCACCAGUUUAUUCAUCUCUCUCAUCUAUGAGAGUUUCAGUUACGUCUACCAGCAUUCGAGUGGGCUUGGGAAAGUUAGCAGAGAGGAAAUUCGACGCUUCAAACAAGCCUGGGCAACCCUCGACCCUGAAGGGACGGGAUACAUUACUAAGGACCAGUUCCCUAGAUUGCUUGGAGAACUUUCUGGAGUAUUUGAAAUGCGGAUUUACCCACAAGAACACUCCGUUCGCAGGAUACUCGAAGACAUCCAACCAGAGCAGAAUUCCGGGAGAGUGAUGUCCAUGUCAUCGGCAAGCGCAACUGCCACCGGUGUCAAUGUCAGAGCAUUAAAUAAGAGACUUGCCCAGAUUGACCCGCAGGCUAUCCAACGGUCUCGAGCUCGGUACAAUCUGUUCUUUGAAGAGGUGAUGGUGUCAGCCGAUGUUGAUCGCGGCAUUUCAUUUACAACCGUGCUGAUGAUUCUGGCACAUUAUAACGUAAUUAGUGACAACAAGAGUCUAAAGUUGGAAGAGUUUUUGCGUCGACGUGCGCGCCUUCAGAGAGUUGAAGAAGAAGUGCGAAGACGGAUCGUUCUUGGCUUCUUUGACACAAUGUACUGGUCGAGGAAGUUCAGGAAGCAUCUGGAGAGAAAGAAGUCUGGUCGUAUGACUGACAUCCCGCAAUUGGGUCCAGAAGUUUAUAUUGACGAUGAGGCGGACGUCGCUGCUAAACAAGCGAGAACCACAGUCUCGCCACUCCUCUCUCCAAUGGAAAUUGCUGACCCUCGAUCCUCGUUCAUUGCACACGGCUUGGAUGGCGCCGCCAGGCAUAGGAGAGGAGGGUCUUCUAUCUCUGGUCCAUUAUCGCCUGGAACUCCAGGAAUGUCAUCUGGGUUAUCUCUUGGAGUGUCGCCCAAUGGAUCUCCGCGAGCAUCCCCACAACUAUCACCUCACCGCCCAACCAAUUCAGCAUUCAGCUUUGAGGGUGGCGAGCUUGGUGGAGGAGCUGGGGGAGGCUCCGGGCAAAGCAGCAGGCGGGGCAGUGCAGUCAGCGCAGAGAACGUCCUCGACGUACUCGACAACUCAGCCUGGGGAGAAAGUAUCCGGCGGAGUUUCACGUUGAGGCGACCAGGCGAUCGACCAGGUCGUGGAGGUAGUGUGUCCUAA